GCAGACGGGGUCUAGGCGCGCGGCUAGCGGCAGUUGGAGGCGCGCGAGCCGGCAGACUGUUGGCUAGAAGACUUGAGAGCAGCGGCAGCAAGAACUGGCGCCAUGGUGGAGAAGGAGGAGGCCGGUGGCGGCAUCAGCGAGGAGGAGGCGGCACAAUAUGAUCGGCAGAUCCGCCUCUGGGGAUUGGAAGCUCAGAAACGGCUUCGGGCCUCCCGUGUGCUUCUUGUCGGCAUGAAAGGACUUGGAGCUGAAAUUGCCAAGAAUCUCAUCUUGGCAGGAGUGAAAGGACUGACCAUGCUGGAUCAUGAACAGGUAUCUCCAGAUGAUCCUGGAGCUCAGUUCCUGAUUCGCACUGGGUCCAUUGGCCGAAACAGAGCUGAAGCCUCUUUGGAGAGAGCCCAGAAUCUCAACCCCAUGGUGGAUGUGAAGGUGGACACUGAGGAUAUAGAGAAGAAGCCUGAGUCAUUUUUCACUCAGUUUGAUGCUGUGUGCCUGACAUGCUGCUCCAGGGAUGUCAUAGUUAAAGUUGACCAGAUCUGUCACAAAAACAGCAUCAAAUUCUUCACUGGAGAUGUUUUUGGCUACCAUGGCUACACAUUUGCCAAUCUUGGAGAGCAUGAGUUUGUAGAGGAGAAAACCAAAGUUGCCAAAGUUAGCCAAGGAGUAGAAGAUGGACCUGACACCAAGAGAGCAAAACUUGAUUCAUCUGAGACUACAAUGGUCAAAAAGAAGGUGGUUUUCUGCCCUGUCAAAGAGGCACUAGAAGUGGACUGGAGCAGUGAGAAAGCAAAGGCUGCCCUGAAGCGUACAACCUCAGAUUACUUUCUCCUGCAAGUGCUUCUGAAAUUCCGCACAGAUAAAGGAAGAGAUCCUGGUUCGGAUACCUAUGGGGAAGAUUCAGAGUUGCUGCUUCACAUUCGAAAUGAUGUGCUUGACUCCCUGGGUGUGAGCCCUGACCUACUUCCUGACGACUUUGUCAGGUACUGCUUCUCCGAGAUGGCCCCGGUGUGCGCUGUGGUUGGUGGGAUCCUGGCCCAGGAAAUCGUGAAGGCUCUGUCGCAGCGGGAUCCCCCUCACAACAACUUCUUCUUCUUCGACGGCAUGAAGGGGAACGGGAUCGUCGAGUGCCUGGGCCCCAAGUGAGCCAACACCUAGCCCUCCGCCCUGGGAUGUGACUAAACCAUGUCCCCAUCCCCAGGAAGGCAUAGUGAGGUCACCAGCCCGGGGCAGGUUACUGGCCCGAAGCUGGAGCUGGAGCUGGAGCUGGUGCCACCUCUGCCCCAGCGCUGCUCAGGACCUAGGCUCCAGACGCUCCUGGAGCAUGGUCUGGGACAUACCCUUGGACAUCACCUCCCUGCCCGCGCCUCUGGGCCAUACCUGGACUUCCUCCCCGAGAUGAGUGCAGCCUUAGGUGAGGAGUAAGGCCUGAGCCGAGGGAUGCUCCAGCAAAACCCGCACCACUGACAGGUGCCGCAGGGGGCCAGCCAGAAUAUCCGUCCUCCGCAUCCCCAGAGUAUGCACCCUGGAAAACAACAGGUGGCUCUGAACUGGGUGCAACUUGCUUGGGUUUGGGAUUAGUGAGUUCCAGCCGGGAGGAAGAGCCCGGCCGACAGCCCAGUGCCCGCGGCAGUGCUCUGCUCACCCCUCAUCCGCAGCUGUCAGUGUUGUGCGGAUUUUCUACAUGGUUGUUUAACAAGGAGUGAUAAUAAAGUUAUUUGUUUUA